CUCUAAUUGGGUCGUCAUGUACAUGCCGUACCAGCCAUAGUCGACAUAGCUCCCACCCCUGAGGAAGCGAUAAGGCGAGAUGUGUUCACUAUUACCAACAGCGACCCAAUCCAAGGCCUACCAUGUUCAGUAGCCGACAUGUCAUCGCCAGAAUUGACCAGGACGCACGCGAGAGGUGGCGAGUCGGUGAGAGCCGAACACCCCAAGUCCCAAAGCCACCCAUCUCAUCUCAUCCUACUCCCAAUUACCCCCUCAACUGCGGGGAGAUGCAUACAUGCGAUGAGAUGGCAGGUAUGGUGUUUGGUUUCGGGGUGUGAG